AUGUGCUGUGUUAACGUGCUGUUCUCCGUCUCCCCGCAGGAGGUUGGAAGUAUCAUUGGCAAAAAAGGAGAGUCCGUGAAGAAGAUGAGAGAGGAGAGUGGGGCUCGCAUCAACAUCUCGGAGGGGAACUGCCCGGAGAGGAUCAUAACCCUGGCCGGACCCACCACCUCCAUAUUUAAAGCCUUCUCCAUGAUUAUAGAGAAACUGGAGGAGGACAUCAGCACCUCAAUGACCAACAGUACAGCCACCAGCAAACCGCCAGUCACCAUGCGCCUUGUUGUGCCCGCCAGCCAGUGCGGCUCGCUCAUCGGCAAGGGGGGCUGUAAGAUCAAAGAAAUUCGAGAGUCUGCAGGAGCUCAGGUACAAGUAGCAGGGGACAUGCUGCCCAACUCCACAGAACGUGCCAUCACCGUCGCAGGGACCCCACAGUCCAUCAUCGAGUGCGUCAAGCAGAUCUGCGUGGUCAUGCUCGAGUCUCCACCAAAAGGAGUGACCAUCCCCUACAGACCCAAACCCUCAGGCUCCCCCGUCAUCUUUGCAGGUGGUCAGGCUUACGCUGUCCAAGGACAGCACGCCAUUCCACAGCCUGAUGUAAGUGAAGGGCCUUCUCUCACCAAGCUUCACCAGCUGGCCAUGCAGCAGAGCCCUUUCCCCAUUGCACACAGCAACCAGGGCUUCCAAGCUGGGAUGGAUGCCUCUGCACAAACUGGCUCCCAUGAGCUGACCAUUCCAAAUGAUCUCAUCGGCUGCAUCAUCGGCCGUCAGGGCGCAAAGAUCAAUGAGAUCCGUCAGAUGUCAGGGGCUCAGAUCAAGAUCGCCAACCCGGUGGAGGGCUCCACUGACCGGCAGGUGACCAUCACCGGCUCUCAUGCCAGUAUCAGCCUGGCCGAGUACUUGAUCAAUGCCCGGCUGUCUUCUGAAGCUACUGGACUUGCAGCCAACUGA